GGUGGUUGUGUUUGUUAAAAUCUUCGUUCCUUUAAAAAAAUAUAUUUUCCUUAAAGGCAAAACAGUUAUUCCAGAAUGCACAAAUUUUAUACCUACAUGUUAACUCUUUUUGUGUUCGUCCUCUCUCAAGCAAUCAUAGGCCACUGCAUAGAAUGCUAUACCUGCCGAUCUGAAACAGACCCAGAUUGUGGAUCAGGCACACCUGACGCCAAAUAUUUAAAAAAUUGCAGUACAAUCAGACAAGGCCCGAAGUAUAGAGCCUGUCGUAAAAUUGAGAACUAUGUGGAUUUUGAAGUACUAAAUCAAAAGCCUACAAAGCGAAUCAUAAGGCAAUGUGCAGUUGAUGUGGAUGUUGAUCGUCCUUGCUAUUACAGAGCUGGGUUUGGAGGAAGAGCCAAUGUCUGCGACUGUUUCGAAGAUAAAUGUAACCAUGCUUCCACUGUUGUCAAUUCUUUACUUAUUUCUGCAGUCUGUAUAAUUUCAGUUUUGGUGUUUCUGUGAUAAUUAAGUAAUGUAUUUAGGGACUUUAAGUCAUAUGACUUAAUUACCCAUCCCCUUGAGAAAAAUACAGAUAUUUUAUACUUUAAAAUUAAAAGAAUGUUGGAUGCAAAAUUGUUUGAAAGAAGUCCUUCCGUUUUCCCCGUGACAAAAAAUAUUGUGGACUAUUGAAGAAUGAGUAUUGUUUCAAGAAAUAAUUUUCUGAAAAAAAAAAUGCAUUGAACUCCUGUGCAGGGAAAUUAAUUCAGAACAUUUGCUAAAAGUUUUUUGCUUCUUGAAAGUAGUAUUAAGAUUUAACAGUGACACGAAUUCUCCAAAUAAAAAUUAAUCAAAUGUUUUGAAUUAAUAUAUAAUUGUCCAUUGUCGGAAAGUACCAUUGAAUUUUAAAUUGCAGAAAUGCUUUCCUUUAAAAAUCCUAGGUAUCGUUAAAUACUAAUAUUUUUUAGUAAUUUGUGUUUUUUUUUUUGUCAUACAUUUUUGGGAGUUAGAAUACAUUUUGAAAUCUUUAUAUAUAUAUUUUUUCAAAUGCAGCAUGUGUCAAUAAAAAAUAAAAGAUGCAACAUUUGGAACACAGAAUUUUUCGAAGGACACAAAAUUUAUUUUGCUUAAUCAAGUUUUUCUGUUUUUUAUUUUUAAAUCAAAACGAAUCUGAAAUUUUCUUUAUCAAGCCAAAUUGAGAAAAUGAAAAACUUUUGUCUUCUAACUUAAAUUAUUUUUAUAUUUAAGAGCUUUAUGAAUCUUUUUCAAAGCUUGAUUAAUGAUUAUUGGUGGUUAUAAAACUAUCAAUAAAAAAAAACAAAACAACUGAUAAUAUUGUUAGAUUUGAGUUAAACUGUUGAAUAAUUGAUAGUACUCUCAGCCUAUCAAUAGUAAAGCUAUCAAUAAACCUAUAUCGCAACCAAUAAUUUGAUACUACAAAUAAUCAUUUAUUAAUGCAAUAAAUUUCAAUUGAAAAUAAAAUAAAUUAAAAAUAUUUUCCUCUGUUCUUUCUUGAUCUAUUUUACCCCUAAUGUCAACAAAAAUGGUCUGUUGAAUUUUUUUCCUUCCAUUGAUUAAACUUUUAUAUAUUAAUGUGUAAAUAGGAUCACAUGUGGUUGUAAAAGUGUUGAAAUAUUCAUAGAUAUCUUAAAAGAUCUGUAUUAUACUCAUUAGUAGUAAAUUUUUAAAUAGUUUUUUUAUUUGAAACUUUUUUAGUACUUAAUUUGUGAAUAAUGGGCACUGUGUGAUGGUUCUGUAUUGUUUUUGUUGCCUUGAAAUAAUGAGUUUGAAACUAAAUAAGUGCAAAAAUAUUGAAUAAAUAACCUAUACAUUAUUUUAUUCAAGAAACAUUUUUUGUUUAAAUGUAAUUUUAUUUAAAGCAUGGAAGUUCUAAAUAAUUUGAAACUUGAGUUUUUAUUUUAAUGAGAUUAGUCUUUAACUCAUAUUCCACAUAUUGAACUUGACUGUGGGUUGGAUGCCGUUUUUUUCGAAUUUUUGUGCAAUGACAACUAUUUUUUCGGGCAUCACAUGCAUGAUUUUUUUUUUUUUUUUGCUUUGUUAAAUGUCAGUUCUAUUGUUGAAGUUUGCAAAUAUUUUUUUCUUUAACAGGCUCAUCACAUAGGAAGGGUAGAAGGGGGUAGUUCCCCCCCCCCCCAAACUAAUGUAUUUACACUCUUGGGCAUUUUUUUCAAUGCAAAUAUACAUCAAGUAUAUAUCACCCCCUUCUCCGCCCAUGACUAUAAAAAUUCAAAAUGUUGAGCUUGCUUUUUAAUUAAAAACUUUUAUAUUGCAAAAUGAUGAUAAACAAAAUUAAUAUUAUUGUGUAAUGAUUAAUUUUAUUUAAAAUUUUAGCAAAGCUUCUACUUAACUUAGUUCUUGUGCUUUUAUUGUUAUGCUCUGCUUUCAAAUGUGAUUCUUAGGUACUUAUUGAAAGUUUUUACACUUUUUUAUUGUUUGUACUUUUCAGUGUUACUUUUAUACCUGUGGUUUGUUAAGUUUCAGAAAUUUAUGUGAAGCGCAUAUGUUUAUUGUUUUUCUUGAAUUCACACAUUGUAUCAGUUAGUUAUAGAAACAGAAUGAAAAUUUAAUUCUGAUAUCUAAUAUGGUUACUUAAUAUGUACUGUAUAGUAUAUUGCAGUUCAUGUAUAUAUUUGUUAUUAAAUAGAGUUGUAUAUACUAAGACUAAAUGAACUUAUUUCUUAAUUUUUUGUAGCCUACGAAGUAAUAUAUACAUUUAUUUACUUGCAAUCAGUUUUCUACAUUUGUUACAAAUAGAACAGGUUUUAUUUCACAACUUUUUUGUGUGUAUUGACUACAGAGCCACCCUCAAAUGCAUUUCCAGUAAAAAAUAGGAUUUUGAAGGAGGUCAAAAAUUUACUAGGUUUAAAAUCAUUAAAAAACUAUUCUUUAUUUUUAUUAUUAUUAUUUUUUAAUUGUUAUUAUUUUUUUAAGUUGUCCUGUGUUUUAGUUUUUGUCCUGUGAUGUCUAACCCUUGAUUUAUAAAAUUCAUUCAACUGCACAUGUGUGUGUUUGAUUGAUUUAAUAUCUUAUAAAAAGAAAAAUGCUCUUAUAAGAUGUUAAAGUUCUAUUAUUUAAAACUAUGUUUAAUAAACUUGUAAUCAUUACAAUUUUAUAAAUUUUUUUUGAAAGAAUGUAAAAUUUAAAUAUUACACAAUUGUGCAUUUCCAUGGUCAUUUAUGUAUCUGAAGGAUAGUUUUUAUAAUUAGGUUUGUAUCUGUAUAUAUUUGUAAAUAUACAUAUCAUUCAUUUUAGAAUUUCUUUUCUUUUAUUGAUCAAGUUCAAAGUUAUUACAAAUUCUUGAAGUUAAGAAAAAUAAGGAGGAUCCAAAGCAGAGGUGUGCACCAAAAUUGUGGAGCCCGUCACAAAUGCCUGUUCCAGGCUCCCCCUACAUUUUGUUUUACCUCUAUAUAUCACAUCUAGUUUUAAAAAUAUUAGGUCCUGUUCAGGCUUGGGCCCGGGCCAACAGGUGUCCCUUCUCUCUCCCCCCCCCCUGUGCACGCCCCUGAUCCAAAGCAAAUUCAAACCAAAACUAUAUUUUAGGUUUUAAAAUAGCAAGUCAGUAACAGUAAAUUAUAUAAGUCAUUUUCAUGUGCCACUUUGAUACUUAUUUUCUCUAUAAUUUUUGUUUUUGGCUUCUGUUUUGUUAUUGCUGCCUUCUGAAAGCAAAUGUAUCUCCAACACUUUUUUUUAGGCAGUGAAUAAUUAACUUUAACAUGUGACUGAUUGUGUCAAACUUUAAUAAAAUGUCUCUGGUAUAUGAGAGUGAGAGUACUUUCAAUUGUUUAGGAAAUGCUUAAGUUCUUAAAGUGAGCAAUUUUAAUGUAAGUAAAUCAAGGGUUAGUCUGAUGUUUGUUGCCAUUUCAAUCACAAUAAUAUAUAUGUUACUUUUCAGUUCAUUAAUUUCUUUGCAUUUUCUUCACAUUUCUUCCAAAAGAUCAAAAACCAUGAAAAUUUUGUUAUUUUGUUUCCUUAAGUAAUGAUGAUUAAUUGAAAUUAGCAAACAUUUCACUUUUAUUAAUCAGUGUUGUAUCCACAUGAACUCCCCUACCCGAAUGAUUGAACAAACAAAAUUUUGAAUCAUCUUAUCAAAACAUUUGAAAAAUCUUUUUAUAUAUUGAAAUACUGUAUAAAUCUUAUCCCUUUUCAUAUUUGUAAGAAUUGAAAUUCAAUUGAUAAGUAGGAACACAUUUUUCAUAAACUCUGUUCUUAUAUGCUUGCUUACUUUGAAAAUAUCAUUGUUGAAAUGGCCUGUGCCAAAUGUGAAUGGCUUAUUCAUCUAUUUUUUAUGCAAUCUCAUUGUUCAUCAUACUUCUUUUUUUGUCUGCAUUAUGUUUCACCAACUGGACCAAUCACUGAAAUUAUAUCAUUUUUAGACGCAAUUACUUUUUUGUUGAAACUACAAUUAUUUACAUAUUUUGUGGUACAAAUGUAUUUACUAUUUUUUUUUACUGUUCUUUUGAUAUUAUUUCUAUAAAAAGUAUAUUUUGUUAUUUUUAUACGCUUAAAGUGUUUCUAAGAAGGAUAUUAAUGAAAUUAAAUUUUAUAACUCUUUUUACCAUUAUAUUGAAUUAGUCAAAGCUUUUUUUUUUAAUAAUCAUUUUCUGUAUCAUUUUUAAAUGAUUUUCUUUUAUCCAAAUGUAUUUCUUUUAAAGAUUUUUUUUUUCAACACUAAAAGUUCUUUUUAUUCCUACUAAUGCAAAUUUUAAUCAAUUACACUUGCUAAUACUCUGAAAGUUCUUUUCUUUUAGUGUUUUCAUAUAUAUAAAAAAUUUCAUCUGAAAACUGCUAUUUAAAACGUUGCAUUGAUCUCAAAUUUACAUCAAAUUAUAGAUGUACCAAAAAUGCAUUUAUGGGAAGACAAACAGCAACAUGAAUUUUUACAACUAACUGCCAAUAUUCUUAUUUGUCUGAGCAUUUAAAACUUAGUUAACUAUGUCCUAAGUUGUAAAAUCAUAGUUCUGAGUUUCUGUGCAUUUUUUCUUGUAACUAAAAUAGUGUUUAGAAACUAAUAUUAGUAAUAAUGUAGACCUAAGUGUUUAUUUUAGUGUUUCAGAAUGGUUAAGACUGAUUGUUAAUAGUUUACUGACUUUUUAUACAUCCAUUGCACAAUAUGUAAUAGUCCAUUUGAUCCUUUUGUAGUUGUCAGUUUAAAAUUCCGAUAGCAUUAUUUUCAGUUUGAACACAUCUGAAUAUUGCAUUUGUGGAAAUUCUAGUAAUAAAGCUAUUGUGUCA